AUGGCUUUGGUUGAUGAAAGUAUCCAACUCUCAUUAUCAUCAUCACCUCAUACUUUCAAUCAUCGAAAGCAAAAUGCGCAAACAGACACGAAGCAUUACAAGGUUCUUUUGAUUGUGAACUACGUUUUCCAGUUGGUUGGCUCCGUAUCUUCGAGCUUGCUUUCCAAAUUCUACUUCGUCCAUGGCGGAUCAAGCCGAUGGGUAGCCACUUGGGUCCAAUGCGCCGGCUUCCCGCUGCUCAUCCCUGCCGUCUACGCCUUCAGCUCCUCGGAGAGGCGGCCCUUCACCGGAUUUAACCUCCGGAUCUUCUCUCUCUCCGUUGUUAUUGGCCUCAUGCUCGGCGUUAACAACCUCCUUAUCUCCUGGGGAACCUCCUACCUCCCUGUCUCCACCUGCUCCUUGGUUUUAGCGUCUCAGCUCGUCUUUGUUCUCUUUCUGUCCGCCAUUAUCGUGAGGCAAAAGAUCACGUUCGCUAAUCUCAACUGCGUUGUUCUUCUAACCCUCGCCGCCGUCUUGCUGGCGUUGGAUUCCAGCAGUGACAAGCCGGUCGGGCUCACUAAAGCCAAGUAUUUCGUCGGAUUCUUUUGCACUAUCGGAGCCGCCUUGUUGUUCGCUCUCUACUUGCCACUAGUAGAGAAGUUAUACAGGAAUGUGCACUGCUACGCCAUGGUGGUGGAAAUGCAGGUGGUGAUGGAGGCGGCGGCGACCGUGCUAGCGACGGUGGGGAUGGCAAUCGACGGUGGGUUCUCCGGCAUGAAAAAGGAAAGCCAAGGGGGGUUCGACUUGGGGUCCAAAGCCUACGCAAUCACGGUGGCUGUCAAUGUGGUGACGUGGCAGCUCUGCUUCAUGGGCACCGCCGGCAUGGUGUUCUUAACGACGUCGGUGACGAGCGGGAUCUGCUCCACGGCGCUGAUGGCCUUCAACGUCAUCGCCGGAGUCAUGGCCUACGGAGAUCACAUGGGCGGCAGCAAGGCCGUCUCCACCGUGCUCUGCGUAUGGGGUUUUUCCUCCUACGUCUAUGGCAUGUAUGUAAAGACCAAGAGAGUCACUAAGGGAGUGCCGCCGGCGAUCGGAACUUAA